CCGCGUCGUGAGCUGGUGGCUGCCGAGCCAGUUCUCAGUGGCUUCGCGAACCGGCCACUCUCGUUUCUUUGUUCGCCACGGUGCGCCGUCAUUCGCGUAAUUGCGCGAUUUCGGUGAUUUAAUUAUUCGUCAUUUUGGUCUUUAUUCGCCCGCCAAGGCUCCAUUUUCAUGUAUUAAACUUCCCUUCGAUUCGCCGACCAAGUUUUGUGAACGAGCGAUCGCUUUUUGUCAAACUUCGCGUUCAAAGAAACCGAGAAAUUUGCGCGCCUCGUUUGACAUUUGGAUACAGUGAUUUUUUGUUUGUUGUUAUCGCAGUGCUACGCUCGCGUGAUUUUUUUAUCCAACAGGCAUGGAGACACCGAGCGCGACAACGGCAGCAGCUCCAGUGGCCUCGAUCGAGCUCAAAACUCGACGGGCACAAUUCCAGACUCAGGCCUCGAACCUCGAUACCCGGAGAAGACAAGCGAUCUGCGUCAGACGAGCGUUCAAAAAAUAUGGACCGAAGAGCAAUCCCAACGUUAUUCUCGACGGUCUGAACAUGACUGUGCCAAAAGGAACAAUUUAUGGUCUUCUGGGAGCAAGUGGCUGCGGGAAAACGACCCUCUUGUCGUGCAUCGUUGGACGCAGACGUCUCGGAGCCGGAGAAAUUUGGGUACUCGGUGGACGACCGGGCUCCAAAGGUUCUGGUGUUCCUGGUCCAAGGGUCGGUUACAUGCCUCAAGAAAUUGCUCUCUACGGUGAAUUCUCCAUACGCGAGACUUUCCUCUAUUUCGGUUGGUGCGCGCAUAUGACCACUGAACAGAUCGACACAAAAAUGGAAUUCUUGCUCAAGCUUCUUGAACUCCCUUCCGAGGAUCGUUUCGUGAAGAAUUUGUCAGGUGGACAACAAAGGCGAGUCUCAUUCGCCGCCGCUCUUCUUGCUGACCCGGAAUUAUUGAUACUCGAUGAGCCAACCGUCGGUGUAGACCCGGUGUUACGUCAGAGCAUAUGGAAUCAUCUCGUACAUAUAACGAAAGACGGAAACAAAACAAUUAUUAUUACGACGCAUUAUAUCGAAGAAACACGACAAGCCGGUAUCAUUGGUCUCAUGAGAGGUGGACGAUUUUUGGCUGAAGAAUCACCCAGAAGAUUGAUGGAGAUGCACCAUCUCGAUACUCUCGAAGACGUCUUUUUGAAACUCAGUAAAAAACAGAACAUGGGACUCCGAAGAAGGAGCAGUAUCCUCAGUAGCGUCACGGGUGUACCGCCCGAAGUCGAUGUCGAUGACGAAAUGAGUGGAGAAUUCGGAGACAACGUGAGCGUGUGCAGUCGACGAAAAAGCAUAGCCGUUUCUGCGGACGAAGCAAUCGCUGCAGAACUUCCACCCGAGGAAGAGGGAUCGUCCAACAUAAAAACCCUCGAUCCGCAACACAUGAAAGCACUAAUAUGGAAAAACUUUUUGUGGAUGUGGCGAAACUUUGGCAUAAUGGCUUUUAUCAUUGGUUUACCGGCCGUACAAAUAAUCCUAUUUUGCUUAUCGAUUGGCAAAGAUCCAGUCGGAUUGAAAUUAGCCAUAGUGAACAACGAAUUAAACAGCAGUAUGGAGCCCUGCAUACCGACGACAGGCUGCGAUAGGACUAUGCUUAGUUGUCGAUUUUUAAAACAUUUGGAACAAAGAACGGUCGUACUGUUGCCCCACGACAAUGACGAAGAUGCUGCCAAAGCUGUCGAGAAAGGGUGGGCCUGGGGAGCUAUUACAUUCCCAGCCAAUUAUUCUCAAUCCUUGAUGGACCGAAUCGACAACGGCAAAGACGCUGAUCCUUGGAGCUAUGAGUUUGCUGAUAUGAGCGUUGUUAUGGAUAUGUCAAAUCAACAAAUUGGCCAGUUGCUCCAACGCGAUCUUCUUUACUCGUAUCAGGAUUUCGCCAAAGAUGUCACGACUGCUUGUAAUUACAGUGAAAAAUACACGAAUAUUCCGAUUGACUUCAGAACACCAAUUUACGGAACGAAAGAACCAAAUUUCACGGAUUUCGCAGCCCCGGGAAUUAUUUUGACAAUCAUAUUUUUCCUCUCCGUUGCUCUGACGUCAGGCGCCAUGUUGCUCGAGAGAAACGAAGGUCUUUUGGAGAGAAGUUUAGUAUCCGGUGUGACAGGACCAGAAAUAUUGUUCGGUCAAGUUGUAACACAGUUUGUCGUCAUGACGGGGCAAACUUUGAUGGUGCUCAUAUUCGCAUUUGCUGUGUUCAAAGUUACUUGCGAAGGUGAUAUAGGCUGGGUUACGACGUUGACAGUUCUCACGGGACUGGCUGGAAUGUGCUUCGGAUUCGUAAUAGCAUGCAGUUGCGAAAACGAGAGAAGUGCGACGUACCUCGCAAUGGGUUCAUUCCUUCCGAUAGUUAUGCUCUGCGGUAUUAUUUGGCCCGUUGAAGGAAUGCACCCAGUCUUGAGGUACAUAAGCUUCGUACUACCGUUAACGAAAAGCACGGAAUCGAUACGAGCAAUGCUCGCAAGGGGCUGGACUAUAAACGAACCUACAGUUUAUCACGGUUUUAUAGCGACAUUAAUCUGGAUAAUGAUCUUUCAAACGAUAGCAGUACUCUUAAUCAAAUUUAAAAAAGGUUAAAUUAAAAUUCAAUCAGUCAAUCAAGGCUGAUCGUAGUUUUUUUUUCUGUUUUAAUAUAAUUAACCCUCAUCCUAUUGAUCUGGGUAUAUCGCAUAUUACAGAUUUUCGAGGUUGUAAAGAAAUUUUUUUUGUUUUGUAAAGUUCUCGAAUCGUCCAACUCUUUGAAGGGCAAGUUUUCUCAACAGAUUACUCUUCAAUUGUACAGUUCUUGAAGGCGGCGAGAAUGGAAAAAUUGCUACAAAAUCGUGAUAGUUUAACAACUCUGCGUUUCGAAUGACGCGGGUUUUUGUGAGAUUCUGAAAAAAUGCGUGAAAUCGAAGUAAUUAAAUAUAAUUAUUUUCCAACUAAAUCACUGUUGAAAAGAGCGAUAGACGUGAUUUAUAAAAAUAAAUUUCGUAGGAUGAGGGUUAAUGUUAUUUUAUUUGUUGGACUCCCAAAGCGUAGGAUCUCCGGUAUAGAAAAUAGCAAAUAAAAACAAAUCGAUUGAAACGUUUUCGAAAUACAAGGAGCUCGCGGGAUUUCGAGAGUGAUCAAACGUGAAGUACCUCAAAACAUUAUUAGAGAGAAAGUAGUCUCGGUAAAUGACCAAUGGUCGAACAGACUUUGACUGUGAAGAGCUUGCAAAAAGUAAACGGAGACGGGUGUUAAUAAUUAACAAUGAUCGAGCUUUGAAAGAUAUUUUGCGUGCUGUAAGCAACACAUUUGCGUUUUUGUUCGUUCAAUUUUGUUAUUUUUAUAAUCGCUACAUGGUAAUUCGUCUCGUGGGUACGCGCACAGUGUAAUAUUUUUUGCUCAAUGCACCGUAGCGUAUUUAUUUUAAUGUUCUUUUAUACUUGAUUAAAACAACGGUUAAAGUGGAUGAGGCGUGUGGUAAUAAAUUGUACAGUGCGAAUUGUAAUAUUCUGCAAAUAGAAUUUUCAUAGAAAACGAA